UCAGUACCUUUGUAAAUGGCUGCCAUCAGAAAGAAACUGGUGAUUGUUGGUGAUGGAGCUUGUGGUAAGACGUGCUUGCUCAUAGUCUUCAGCAAGGACCAAUUCCCAGAGGUUUAUGUGCCCACGGUGUUUGAAAACUAUGUGGCAGAUAUUGAAGUGGAUGGGAAGCAGGUAGAGUUGGCUUUGUGGGACACAGCUGGACAGGAAGAUUAUGAUCGCCUGAGGCCUCUCUCCUACCCAGACACGGAUGUUAUACUGAUGUGCUUCUCCAUUGACAGCCCUGAUAGUUUAGAAAACAUCCCAGAAAAAUGGACUCCAGAAGUCAAGCAUUUCUGUCCCAAUGUGCCCAUCAUCCUGGUUGGGAACAAGAAGGAUCUUCGGAAUGAUGAGCACACAAGGCGGGAGUUAGCCAAAAUGAAGCAGGAGCCGGUAAAACCUGAAGAAGGCAGAGAUAUGGCAAACAGAAUUGGUGCUUUUGGGUACAUGGAGUGUUCAGCAAAGACCAAAGAUGGAGUGAGAGAGGUUUUUGAAAUGGCCACGAGAGCUGCUCUGCAAGCCAGACGUGGGAAGAAAAAAUCUGGGUGCCUCAUUUUGUGAAGCCUUGUGCAAGCACAACCCUCACGUGGUUAAUUUUGAAGUGCUGUUUAUUAAUCUUAGUGUAUGAUUACUGGCCUUUUCAUUUAUCUAUAAUUUACCUAAGAUUACAAAUCAGAAGUCAUCUUGCUACCAGUAUUUAGAAGCCAACCAUGAUUAUUAAUGAUGUCCAACCUGUCUGACCAGCCAGGGUCUUUCUGACACUGCUCUAACAGCUCUCUCUGCACUCCACCUGACACCAGGCGCUACAUCAAAGAAUUUCUUAACUUCUUGAUUCUUUCUAGAAAGAGAAACAGUUGGUAACUUUUGUGAAUUAGGCUGUAACUACUUUAUAACUAACAUGUCCUGCCUCUCCUGUCAGCUGCAAGAACUCUGGUUGAGUCACCGAUUGCUCCCAGAGCUUUCCUCCGCAGACCCCAUGGCAGAGCUCUGGGGAAGGCAUCCAGUUUUGCAUCCAGUUUUUUGAAAACUUGCUCAGCCAGAAAGGCCCAAGUCCACGAAGUUGUGGCAGAGUUACAGUUCUGUGGUCUCAUGUUAGUUACCUUAUAGUUACUGUGUAAUUAGUGCCACUUAAUGUAUGUUACUAAAAAUAAAUAUAUCUACCCCAGACUAGAUGUAGUAUUUUUUGUAUAAUUGGAUUUCCAAUAUUGAUAUUUGUCAUUCCCACAGAAAGUGUAUUGUG